GACAGCACCAGCGCGAUCGCAGGUGUGUGACAAUCGCAGCACUAGUGUCGCUCCCUAGGCUGGGGUGACUGAGCGGACUAAAAGCGGUUUUUAAAGAACCAACACGCAAGAUCAAAAAAGGACUAAUACAUAGUGAUAACACGGAGUAAGAGUCGAAGUUACAGGACCACACCCCUGAGGAAACCCAGAUUGCAGCUGCAGGAGGACCAGGCUUGCACCCAGCAAUGUCUGCUAAACCUUCCCAUCACUCUAGCAGGGCAAUUCCGAAGAGCGGCUAUUCGCACUCCAGGGGAACCCACAGCCGCCGCGUGAUGUCCCAGCCCGCGUACUCCUACUCCUACCCGGACGGCGAGUUCCUGCACUUCUACAAGUGGAACUCCCCUCCGGGCAUCAUCAAGAUCAUGGCCAUCAUCAUCGUCAUCCUCUGUGUGGUUGUCUUCGCUUGCGUGGCCUCCACCCUGGUCUGGGACACGGAGAUGGGGCUCACGGGUUUCCCCGGAAUGGGGAUAGGAUCGUACGGAGGCAGUUUCGGCAGUGGGGGCAGUUUCGGCAGUGGGGGCAGUUACGGCGGUUUCGGGGGCAGUUACGGCGGUUUCGGGGGCAGUUACGGCUCCGGAGGAGCUUCCGGCUACGGAGACAUUGGCGGGAACUACUUGGACCCCAGGGCAUCCAAGGGAUUCAUCAUUGCAAUCGCGGCCAUCGGCUUCCUGGCAGCCCUGGUGAUCUUCAUCUUGGUCAUCUCCCGGCAGGAAACCUCCAAAUCCAGGAGGUUUUACCUGGCCGUGAUCGUCAUCGCCGCCAUCUUGUGCUUCCUCAUGUUCAUCGCCACCAUCAUCUACCUGGUGGGGGUGAACCCUGCCGCGCAGACCUCUGGUUCCAUUUACUACAACCAGGUCAAAGCUCUUUGCUCCCAGUAUGAGGGCAAUAGCGCCCCCGCCUCUGGAAUCUUCGUCAGCCAGUAUCUCUACCAUUUCUGCGUCGUCGAGCCACAGGAGGUUAUAGCCAUCGUGUGUGGCAUCCUGGUCGCUAUCGCUUUAAUCAUCCUGCUGGUUUACGCUGUGAAAACACGAAACUUGCUUAAUCGCUAUGGAAGAAACAGAGUCUUGUGGGACAAUGUCCGAGUCAUUGAUUAUAACGCGCGACUCCGAGCCGAGGAAAGGAGCUCUGCAUUUUCUAAGAAGACCAAAAAAGAAGAGAACGACACGAAGAACAGGCUGUCUAACAUGAGGCAGAAGAUCCAGGACUUUAUGAGAAAGAAAAACGGGGAUAAUGACAAUGAUGAGAUUUAAGUAAUGGCAGCAUGACGUUCCCCAGUGAAGGAAGCUGAAUGAAUGUGUCUUAAUGCCACCUUUUGACCUUUUGUCCUGUUUAACAUUCUAUAAUUAGGAUUCUGAGGUUUAAUGUUAAGCUUUGCCAUUAAAUUACGUUAUUGAAUUUUUAUAGUUAUGCAAGCAGCAAAUCAUUUUAUGAAAUCCUUUACAAUACUUUUCUUUAUAUAUUGUUGUAGCACUGGUUUCUUAAAUUCAGGCUACUAACAAACCUCAUUUUUAUACUUUAAAUUUAUACUUUAAAAUGUGGUAUUUGUAGUAUUUUAUUUUUUUUCUCUUUGCUCUGUUCAUGGUGUGGCAGAGCUGGGUGACUGCUCACUUACCUGUUUCUUUUGAAAUGGCCUGAAAGAAAACUUGUGUAUGUUUUAUGAACCAGGCAACCCAUUGGUUCAGUUAUGAAUUCAGUCAAGCAAACGGCUCAGCCGCAAUGAAUACCAGCAGGUGUUGGCGUCCCCAGAACCAGGACUGGAAAUCCCUGAUUCGAACCAGCCCUGGUGGACCCGAAGAGCUACACAAUUACAGAGAACUCAGAUCACCCCACCCUUGGUCCUACUGGUGUUGUGUAGUUCAGGGCCUCAUGAGCCACAGUCUCCACUGAUGUUCACUCUACCAAAGCUCUUAGUUAGUUGAAUCAAGCAUUGAUUUAAUAUCUACUAAAACAAACGGUUUCCACGUUUCUAUUCACUGGUGAGUGUGUGAGCUCCCUCUGAAACACAGAGCUGUGUCUUACAACAAGUGAGGAUCGCUGAUGUAGCAGAAGACUGGCAUUCAACAGACUGCCUACCAUUACAGUACUGAGAGCAAAUUUCAAAGCAUUUGCUUGGUGGUGUUCUUGCUUUGCCUGUGUUGCUGAAAGUCCUUUUUUCGGUUCUGCUUAAAUAGAUGCUUUCUGUGUUGUUUUUGUGGUAGCCUACUGUUAUUGAAACAUAAUUGCACCUUGGCAUUGCAAGAAAUGUUCAACAGCAGCCACUCCUGUCCUGUUGUGUUUUGUAAACUAACUUGUAAAUAAACUUCUACAUUUUGACUACAAA